AUGCCAAACCAGGUUGACAGUCAUUACCCAAGCAUACACCAUCAGAGUAUUGGCACCGAUGUCUCAAGGCACUGCUUGCCUCACCGUCUCCACCUCCACGCUGCCUCCACCUUCCUACCCUCCUCGCUUCCCUCAUCCCUCUUCGCCUCUCUUCCCUCCAUCACACCUUCUCGCGUCCCCCUCAUCCACCUCUCUUCUCCUUCCAAAUCUGCUACACCACAUCGUCGCAUGGGCACUUGUUAUGCCUGCAUCUCGACAGUCGUCGACUGCGCAGCCUUCGAAAGCGACGGUUUCAACUCCACCGAAGUGCUCACUGGAGAAGAGGGAAGAGCACGUCUAUCACAAUGGCAUCGACGGAGGGAGAGGAAGCUUCUCACGCACACCUACCACAUUGCAUCUCGGAGGCGGAUCUCCUGCGCAAUUGUAUGCUGA